AUGGCAGCAAGACCGCCCCAGAACCAGGAGCCUGGGCUUCAACAAGGCCACAACAUCCAGCCAGAUGUCUUCAAAGCUCCGGCUGAAGACGUUCGAGCCGUCUCCGAGAAAGGCUCGACAUCUGUUUCGACGGAUGAUGCUUCACCAAAUGAUCGUCCUGAGCUAGUCAUGCCUCGAAGCUGGAAAUUCACUGCCAUCGCCCUGGUAUGCAGCAUCAGCUUCGGAGCUGCGUGGUCCGCUCGACUGGCUGCCUCAAUGAAGAGCACCAUCAAGAAAGAACUUUCCAUCAACAACACGCAAUUUGCACUCCUGGAAGCCAGUGAGGAGUUCAUGCAGACUGCUCUAAUGAUGCUGUCUGGCGUCGUCACUGAUCGGAUUGGCGGUGCUGCGGCCAUUCUGUACGGAAACAUCAUUUUGACCGUUGGAUCUAUCAUCAUUGCGGGUGCAGCCACCGGCAAGUCCUACCAACUCAAGAUCUUUGGUCGUAUCGUUUCCGCCCUCGGAGAUGUAGCGACUCAGAUCGCCACAUACAGGGCAUUUGCAGGCUGGUUGGCCCCGAGUGCUGGCUUCGCAACCACAGUCGGUUUGGAGAUUGGUAUUGGAAGAAUCGGGGGAUUUCUAGGAAGCUCAACAGCCAAUAUCAUUGCCAAGAACACUGGUAAUUUCGCCUGGACCUACUGGGUAGCAGUGUUCGUGUCGCUGUUCACGAACGUUUGCACUCUGAUCUUUUUCAAAUUUACCAAGAAGGCUCACAACAAGUUCGCACCUGCCUCGGACGCCGCCACAGGUGAAGUACUGACCGAGAAGAACAAGCGCUUCGACUUCCAUAAAGUUCUGGAGCUACCGUGGACCUUCUGGACCAUCAUGCUGUUCUCAAUGGUCGAGACAAGCUGCGCCAUCGUAUACUCGCAGAAUGCAACAGAGCUGGCUGAACAUCGUUUCAAGGUAGAUGCCGUAGAAGCUGGGUGGUACUCGUCACUGUCGCAAUAUGGUGGUUUUGUAUUCAGCGCUUUGUUCGGUGCCUUGAUCGAUGUAUACGGCCAUCGGCUAAGCUGGAUGGCUGUCUGUGGCUUUGGUAUGCUUCUAUCCAUGGCGCUGAUCAAUUGGUCUACAACGACGGGAGGCGUUGCAGCAUCAUAUGCUACUUAUGCCGUGUUCGUACGGAUCGGGCCGGUGGUCAUUAUCGAUGGCAUCCGGUCCAGCAUGUGGCAUCAAGACGUCUUUGGAAGUGCCUACGCGGCAAAGAUCACUAUGAAUAACGCCACCAAUAUCCUGGUGCGGAUUAUUGCGGGUGUUGUUCAAGACGCCGACGACAACUCCUAUCACCGAGUCACCAUCAUCUAUGUGUUCCUCGCCAUGUCAUCCCUAGUCAUCUCGGUGGCUCUUCUCAUCUGGUCUUGGUUUGCUGUCGACCUGCAAUUGCUGCAGUACACUCGCAAGCGCAGAAUAGCAAGGGGCACCUUCAUCUUGGAGAGGAAGAGGCGCGCCUUGGAGGAGACCAAAGGUCGGAACAGAACCAUCGGUACUUACUGCCUGUCAGCACUUCUGCUCUAUGUUCUUGGCAGCUGGGCCGCAUACUUCUGGGGGGUCGCAACAGGAAACAAUUGA